CCUUAUUUCGCCUCUACAUACGCUAAAGUGGUCAGUUUGCUGCUGGGUCGAUGAAACGUUCAAAAUGUACUAUCAGCUACACGAACCUUCACCCAAAAGGGUCACGUCGAUCACAAAAACGGCGUCGUCGGAAUGGCAUCAACGUCGGAGCCACACCGCUUGCAAGAAAUAAAACCAGCACAACAUGCAAGGCCAAUAUUGAACCUAAGGCAAAAUCAGAUCUGAGAUUAUUUAAAAUUUAUAGAUUUGACGGUAUCCUCGAAAGAAGUGCAAAACCGUACAUUCAAACUUACGAACUCGACGUCAAUACCUGUGGAAAAAUGUUAUUGGAUGCGCUGUUAAAAAUAAAAGAAAUGGAUCCGAGUAUCUCAUUUCGAAGAUCCUGCAGGGAAGGCGUUUGCGGUUCGUGUGCAAUGAACGUUCAAGGUAGCAAUUGCCUUACUUGCAUUAAAUCGAUCCCUCCCGCCAAGACGGUGGUUAUUUACCCUCUGCCUCAUAUGUACGUGAUCAGAGAUCUAGUGGUAGAUAUGACGCAUUUUACGAACGGCUACGACAGCAUUCGCCCCUUCUUAAUACGAAGGGAGAAAGUAAAUAUGGGUGAUUAUCAAUAUGCACAGAGUAUAAAGGACAAUGCAAAAAUGGUGGGGUUGUACGAAUGCGUGCUGUGCUCGUGCUGCUCCACCUCUUGCCCCAGCUAUUGGUGGAACGGGCGCAGAUUCCUGGGGCCCGCCUCGCUCUUGCACGCUUACAGGUGGGUCAUAGACUCAAGAGACGACAACACGUAUCACAGGUUAAGCGAAUUAAAAGACGAUUUCAAGGCGUUCCGAUGCCACACUAUUAUGAAUUGCGCGGUCGAUUGUCCCAAGGGCUUGAACCCGUCAAUUGCGAUCGCAAAAUUGAAAAGGCUCAUCGCUGGACUGGACUCGAAACCGCUACCCGACAUUGACCCGAUGCUGUUUUACCAAAAGAAAGAGGGGAAAAAAACAGGACCGCCUCCUGAAAAAUAGUACUUAAUGGAUUUUUGUGCUAGAAUCGUUAUUUGGUGCUAGUUUGAUGUUAUUUUGCAGUUAUGCAAUGUUCGACACUUCUCAGUAAUCGUGAUUAAAAUUUGAAGUUUCGAUU